AUGGAAAGAACUAAACUAGCGUGCCAUUUUUGUACAGUAAAAAAAGUGAAAUGUGAUAGAUUAAUUCCAUGUGGGACAUGUAUAAGAAAGGGCCUCGAAAGGGAAUGUAUUGAAUCAAGUUUGGAAAUACUAUCUCAAAGUACAAUAAUAAGAAAUAAAGACGAUAUUACCAAUAUAAUGCCUAUAUGGCAAAGUUAUGAAUACUGGAUUAUUAAUAUUGGACUAAUGAAAACUAGAAAUAUGUCAUCAUCUAGUACAAUAAUGAGUUUAGAACAAGAAUUGAAUGUUAGUGAGUUUUGGAUAAAUUAUUUACAGGAAAAGAAUAGCUUUGACCUAUUAAACUUUGCAAUUGAAAAUUUAGGAACUUUAUUUUUUUCUUCAGUCGGUGAUAUUAACGAUUUAUUUAUCCAAUUGGAACAAUAUUGGAGAAGAAAACGUCACCAUGAGCAAGAAAAUGGGAAGGGAUCAUCUACACCUGAGGAUUACUACUGGGAUGCACUUCUAUGGGCAAUAUUUACAUUAAGUCUGUAUUAUGCAUCAAUAGACCAAUUAAACGAAAUUUUAGAUCCAAAACCAAUCUUUAACUGGUUAGAGAUUGAUAUCCAAGAUAAAUGGUCUGAAACUCUACAACUAACUGUAUAUGAAGGCUUUUUGAAAUGUUGUUUAGUUCUUUUGAAGAGAACAAACUAUAUGAUGUUUCCAAAUGUCAAAUUGAUCCAAAUUUUUUUGAUCCUAUAUAACACUACUAUAUCAUUGAAUUUACCCUCUUUAACUAAUAAUUUGGUUAUUCAAAGUAUUCAACUUUUUAAAAUGUUUAAUCUUACCACAUUUAAACAAUAUAUUACAGAUGACACUGCAAUGGGAUUAUCAAAACAAGUUUUCAGUAAAAUGUGGUACAGGUUGUGUUUUAUAGAUUAUUUCCAAAGUUCCCCAUUAAAAUGCAUUGAAUGUCAUUCAGAAAUACCGUCUCUUUUUCAAUCAGCUUCAUCUUACGCAGCGUUAGGGAUGAACAUUUAUCAAAAUAAUGACACUUUUGAAUUAGUAUGUUGGAAAAUUUGUUCUAUUGACAGGGAUAUAGAAAAGACAUCUGAUUCUACACAAAGACCACUUUUAAAAACAAUUGAUGCUGCAAAGAGAGAACUCGAAAAACUAAAUAAUUCUAUUAAGAAACUAACUAAAACAAAGGAAAAGACCACUAAUUCUCUUUUUGAAGAAUUUAUUUUGAAAUUUUUGGAAACAUCAGUCAGGUGGAAAAUGGAAAGGCUAUAUUUAAUAUAUUAUCAAACAUCUAGUUCAUUAGAUAUGUUCAUAUUUUAUACCCGAUCAAUUAUUUAUCAGUUAGUUGACAAUAUCAAUAGAGGAUUUUUCCUUUUCAAUAAGUUUCCUUAUGUGUUGAAUAUUGUCUCUAGGAUAAUUGGCUUCUUAAUAUUCUAUAAUAUUUUUGAACCUAGACCAGAUAUGAUUCAAUUAGCAGACGAUAUGAAAGAAUUAAUAACUGUUCUUCCCAUCAUAUUUGGUGAUUCCAUUAAUAGACUGGGCAUAAUUAUUAGUAGACUGGAAAGUUUAGGUAUUUUAUGGGAUAAAGUUCAAAUUAUUGAAUCAAAAAAAGGUAUAAUUCAUCCUAUUUUCAAGAUUUUUCAAGAUGAUAUUAGACUAAUUAGUAGAUUUACAUAUAAGAAACCUUUACUAAUUAAAAGUGUGACUGAGAUUGGCGAACGUUUGUUAUUAAGUAAUAAGGAAUUUGAUUCAGUAUUUUCUAAUAGUGAGGAAGAUGAGGCAGAUGAAUUUGCUGUUUACGAAGAGUUUAAAACCAUUAUUCAAGCAUUCCAACAAGAGCAUAAUAUACUUGAAGUUAUCAAUUAA